GGAUUUACAUGAAAUUACGUCGAAAUCAGCUAUAACAGAAGAGCUGUCACCUCCAGCCUGGGAGGAAUACGGUGCGAGUGAUUGUUUUGGAGAUCAGUAUCGACCAAGAUCAAAAUCAGAUCUUGUAAUUAACGAAAAGAAAGCUGAUCCUGGUAUAUUUAGUAGCAGUCCAUUUAAAUGUAACAUUCGAAAUACAAAAUCAUCAUCACUUUCAAAACUGAACAAUGUAACAUAUAUAUGUCCUUCACCAGUUUUAAAGGAUAAUGAUCGAAGGAGUGUGUGUGAUGAAACACUCAAUGAUGAGAGAAAGAACGAGGACAUCGCAUUUAAAAUGCCUAACCUUUCGCACCUUCGUAGUGAUUUGUCUCCUAAAUUCGAAGUCAAGCAAUCUAUCAAGUUGGAUAGCAUAAACAGUGCUCGAUUUCCAGCACCAGCAAAUUUAGACAAAGAUAAGGACACUAACCUCAAUAAGACAUUUCUGGUACGUGCGAAGAGUCCUGGGGCAGGGAAUGAGUGUGGGCAACUUUGUGAAACGUCAGGAAGCGACUUGAAUGAAAAAACAGUUAAAAGUGACGACUUGCAGACAAAACCGACUCCUUCAUGCACUGAUCUGCAAAAUCUGAAUGCUUCCUCCGCAAGUAUGAAUGAGAGUGACGGUGAAAAUACAAGACCUAGAACGGGAUCUAAAUCAUCUUGGUCUUCUGUGGAAAGUCUUUCGUCUGUAGGUUCUGUCAAAUCAAACCGGGAAAGAAGUCGUUUGAAUGGGACAAAAACUCCAAGAAAAUUACCAUGUCCUACUGAAUGUUCUAAGUCAAAGUUGGUAAAAAUAUCUGGCAAUAAGAAAGAAAAACCUAAAAUAAUUGGAAGAGAAACAGAAACCACUACGCAUGAAAAACAAACUUCAAAAUCUACCAAUAAACCUGGCGUAAAUAAUGUGAUCGACAAAAAGGGUAGGACAAAAUCAACCAGUGUCGUCGCACCACGGUCUGUACUGGCUAGUGCCACUGCGACCAAGUCCACCAUGAGAUCGAAGUCAAAGAGUGUGUCAACAGAUGUUAGAGACGUUCAACUAUUGGGUAAAAGCAAAUUGAAUCCGUCUAAAUUUGCAACACCACUCUCAUCAAAAAUAUCCGCAGCACCCGCCAAACGGCUCACCAGCACACCGAUUACCAAGAGAACUGUUGGUCUCGAGAAAAAAUCCCGACUCAAUGGUACCAGUAAAAGAAGCAGAUUAAGUCCAUUAUCUGGUAGUAACUGUGUUGAUAAACAAAGUGACGUUGGAAGUACAGUGUCCUCGUUGCCGUCUCGGAAGAAUUAUCAGAAAGAAAGUGAAACAAAACAAAAUGUGAGUAAAUCAAGAAACCUAUCAACCUCAUCGGCAUCAAAUAAAUCACUUUCUGCUAAAGCAAGGACUUUGUCGGUAUCAGCAGUGUCAAAAUUAGCUGGACAUGAAUCUAUAUCUACAAAAAAUCUUUCUACACCUUCCACUAUUAAAGAAGAAAUAAAACCUCGCACGAGCAAAUUAAGAAACGUUUCAACAUCAAAGGCUGAACACCAAAACGGUUUGAGAAGACCACUAUCAGUUAGUAGUGUGAGCGAGAAUAUUUCAACAAACAGUAAAUCAAUUCCUCAGCCACGGAAAAUAAAACCAGGCGAACAGUUGUCCGUGAAAGAGAGACAAAACUCAGAUGAAUCUGUUAAGAAGAGACCUGUUAAAGAAAAAAUCGAAAGUACAAGCACUGGGCUGAAAAGUUGUCUCAGUUCAGCUGCUACACCUGACAUAUUAAAACAAACUCCAGAAGUUACCAGGCAUUCUAUAGCAAUUCAAGUUGACACUUUGCAACACGAUGAAGAAGAGAAACUACAGAAGACGAGAGAAGAAAAAAGAAAAGAGGAUUUGUUGUUAUCAUCUUUGGUUAAAAGAAAUCGAGAGUUUGAAUCUUGUCUUGUUGCUCUACAAGUUUAUGCCCAGAAAGUUGACGUAGAACGAGAAAGCAUAUCAGUAUUAAGAAAGAAUCUAAAGUUUACAAAAGAAAGAUAUCACUCGACUGAAAAUAUGUUGGUGAAAGAAAGCAACCAACGAGCUCGUCUUGAGGAGGAAAUGUUGUCAGCAAAGAGUGACAGCGUUGUUGAAGUUGCUUUAUUAAGAGCAGCAUAUGAACGUAAGCAAGAGAUAAUCCAGGCUAAACUGAAAGAAAGUCAUAAAAAAGAUCUAGAAAAAGUACGAAAACAACAUAUGAAGUCAAUGGAGGAUGUCAAACAUAGUUGUGACCUAAAGUUGAAAAGGAUUGAAGAAACGUAUGUGGAAGAUAUCGCUCAGAUCAAUGAAACACACAAAGAUGUAAUCGCUGAAUUGGAAUCCCAACAUUCAAAACACGUCGAUGAUCUUGUGGAAGAACGUCAUGCAGAGAUUGAAAUAAUCAAAGCUGAUUACGACGAACAAUUUGAACGAAUCCAGGAAAGUUUAUCACAAUCAGAAAAGGCUUGUAAUGAACUGGAGGAGAAAUUGAGAGUUACCGAGGACGAAGCAAAGAGAGAUAUUGAACUACGAAUUCAGGAUGCAAUUGCCAAAUACAAGAGUCUUCCGGAUGAACUUGAGAGUAUGAAGUUUGUUUUGGAGAUGAAAAAUUCCGAAGUAAAAAAUUUGCGAAGAUGUAAUGCUGAGCUUCAACAUAAGAUUGACGAACUGCAACAAAUCAAGGAACGUGCAGCUCUGCUGGAACGUGAAAAGGAAUCCUUGAAUUUCGUUGUUGAGAAUAAAGUUUAUUUUGAGAGACAACUUUCUUUGGAGCGAGAUAAACUACGUUUGAGCCUGGAUCGAGAGGUUGCGACGUCAAAAAGACUUUCUUUAGAAAAAGAGGAGUUAGCGUGGCGUUUAAAUUCUUAUCAGAAUUCACCGACAUCACCCACCACGGGUACAGAUCGUUUCAACUGGAGAUUGUCUGGCUUCAAUAGUCCUGAUAGUGCCGUUUACUCGCAGAGGAUCGAGGAAUCUGAUUUUGAAUAUCAAAUUAACGACACGAAGGAAAUUGAGAAUUGAUGAAUUUAUGUCAGCAUCCUGAUCAAGCCUGGCUCUUUUGAGGAUUUUGGUGUUUUACAAAGUAUAAUGCUUUGGUUGAAGAUGAUAUUUUGUCAAUUAACGUAUUAAAAAAUAAAAUAAAAUACAUAAAUUUUAUAUCUUGAAACUUGAAAGAAGCAUUUAUAGUUCUU